AUUGAGUUCCCGUCAACACACAGUGUUGCAACAUUACAAACAUAUCACAAACAGUUACAGCAGGCCCCACUACAACCAUGGAGAAACGUUCGCCAAAGUUGAGGACUUUUGUUCUCUACAUCACCAUGUUGUCUGUGCUGUGGCUGAUGUUUGUUUUUAUCGUGUUUACGCUGACGGCUUUGGACGACAGUAGAUCACGUGAAGUCAUGGAUCAAAAUGUGCGCUUUGCUUAUCAAAAGCAUGAUAUUCCGAGAAAACCUGUCAACUUGUCAACGGCCCUUGCCCGACCCCAUGAUGUGAACCGGAUCCUCCCGGGUAAACUGGGAACAGGAGUGUACUUCGCUCCGCAGACAGACGAAGAAAUGAGACUUGUUGCUGAAGGUUAUGAGAAAUACGCUUUUAAUCAGUACGUCAGUGACAUGAUCUCUGUACACAGGACCUUACAAGACCUAAGGCACCAAUCUUGCAGGGAGAAAGCGUACUUCCAGCCUUUGCCGUCGACUAGUGUCAUCAUCGUGUUCCAUAACGAGGCCCUGUCCACCCUUCUCCGCACGGUGUACAGCGUACUGGAGAACACACCAGCAGAACUGCUGCAGGAGAUCUUACUGGUGGACGACUUCAGUUCGUACCGUAUGUUAGACAUUCAUUGAAACACACCAGCAGAACUGCUGCAGGAGAUCUUACUGGUGGAUAACUUAAGUUCGUACCGUAUGUUAGACAUUCAUUGAAACACACCAGCAGAACUGCUGCAGGAGAUCUUACUGGUGGAUAACUUAAGUUCGUACCGUAUGUUAGACAUUCAU